AUGUUGCAUCUUAGCAAAAGCCCCAUUCGCACAGCUUAUUGCUUGAAACCAUUGAAAGGAUGCUUCUCUUUCGCACCCACACGGCGAAUGCUCUCCUCUCCGUCCACAGAUGCGUCCGAACCUCAAGCCUCGCCCAGCAGACCUAGAACGACCCUCUCUGAGGAGCAAAGAAAGUUCCUCGAUAGCGCGCUCCGUGUAAACCAGGCUGGAGAACUUGCGGCGACCCUGAUUUACACUGCUCAAACCCCUCCGAUCGUAAAGGCACAUCCUCACCUUCGCCCGUUGAUGAAACAUAUGUACGACCAAGAAGCCGCACAUUUCAAGACUUUUAAUGAGCUCAUGGCCAAACAUCGAAUACGUCCCACUGCCAUGUAUCCUGUAUGGCAAGCCGCUGCCACGAUCUUGGGCUGGACCACGGGGAUGAUGGGCAGAGAAGCUGCCAUGGCCUGUACAGAAGCUGUCGAGACUGAGAUUGGCAAUCAUUACAAUGGACAAGUCAGAGAGUUGUUUCAAUGGAUGCAAGAGCAGAAGGAUAAGGGCGAGGAGCUCGAUCCUGAGUUGAAGGAUCUGAUCGACAACAUCAAACGCAUUCGGGAUGAAGAACUGGAGCACCUAGACCAUGCUGUCGAAAAUGAUGCAAAAGAAGCCAAGCCGUAUGAACCCAUAACUGAUAUCAUCCGGUAUGGGUGCAGGAGCGCCAUAUGGAUCAGCGAAAGAGUUUGA